CGUAUUGAUCAAUCCACCAUUUUCCAACACACAGCGGCGGCAGUGCUAACACAGCUCCGGCAGCGCGAGAGAGAGAAGAGAGCCACCCCUCUACCUGGAGAGGAAGCCAGGGACCGGGGCAGUCAUGGCAGCGAACAUGUACCGGGUUGGAGAUUAUGUUUAUUUUGAGAACUCGUCCAGUAACCCACUGCUGAUCAGGAGGAUAGAGGAGUUGAACAAGACAGCCAAUGGGAACGUGGAGGCCAAAGUGGUGUGUUUUUACCGGCGCAGGGACAUCUCCAGCACACUCAUCGCCCUGGCAGACAAACAUGCAAGAGAGCUGGAGGAGGAGAUGGAGAAUCCAGAGAUGGCAGACCUCCCUGAGAAACAGAAACACCAGCUCAGGCACAGAGAGCUCUUCCUGUCCCGACAGCUGGAGUCUUUACCUGCCACACACAUCAGGGGGAAGUGCUGCGUGACGCUGCUGAACGAGACAGAAGCCCUGAAGUCGUACCUGGACAGAGAGGAUGCCUUCUUCUACUCGCUGGUGUACGACCCUCAGCAGAAGACUCUGCUGGCUGAUAAGGGGGAGAUCCGAGUCGGGAACAAGUUUCAGGCCGACAUCACUGACCUCCUGAACGAAGGUGAGAAUGAUGAGCGAGACCUGGAGAAACUCGAGGAGAAGAUCUGGGACCCGAACAGUUUACUGACGGAGAAACAGAUUGACCAAUUCUUAGUGGUCGCACGGUCGGUAGGUACGUUCGCCAGAGCCUUGGACUGCAGUAGUUCUGUCCGGCAGCCCAGCCUUCACAUGAGCGCUGCUGCAGCCUCCAGAGACAUCACCUUGUUUCACGCCAUGGACACCCUCCAUGCCACGGGUUACGACAUGACUCGAGCCAUCGCCGCGCUGGUGCCUCAGGGUGGGCCCGUCCUCUGCAGGGAUGAGAUGGAGGAGUGGAGCGCCUCCGAGGCCAACCUGUUCGAGGAGGCGCUUGAAAAAUACGGCAAAGACUUCACCGAUAUCCAACAGGAUUUUCUGCCCUGGAAGUCCCUGACGAGUAUUAUUGAGUAUUACUACAUGUGGAAGACCACAGACAGAUAUGUACAACAGAAACGAUUAAAAGCAGCCGAGGCAGAGAGCAAGUUGAAGCAGGUCUACAUCCCUAACUAUAACAAGCCAAACCCUAACCAGCUCAGUAACAAUGUAAAACCAGCUCUGGUGAAUGGAGCAGGGGGUGCAGUGGUCCCAGGAGUCCAAGGGGUACCAGGAGUCCAAGGGGUCCAAGGGGUACCAGGAGUCCAAGGGGUCCAAGGGGUCCAAGGAGUCCAAGGGGUCCCAGGAGUCCAAGGGGUCCAAGGGGUCCAAGGGGUCCCAGGAGUUCCAGGAGUACCAGGAGUCCAAGGAGUACCAGGAGUUCCAGGAGUUCCAGGAGUUCCAGGAGUCCCAGGAGUCCCAGGAGUCCCAGGAGUCCCAGGAGUUCCAGGCGUUCCAGGCUCAGGGCAGAUCCCCGGCCUGGGUAGAGCCUGCGAGAGCUGCUACACCAGCAGCUCCUACCAGUGGUACUCGUGGGGACCCCCCAACAUGCAGUGUCGUCUCUGUGCAUCAUGCUGGACCUACUGGAAAAAGUACGGAGGGCUGAAGAUGCCAACAAGACUGGACGGAGAGAGGCCUGGACCCAACCGCAACAUGAGCCCCCACGGCCUGCCCCUGAGGCACAGCGGCAGCCCCAAGUUUGCAGUGAAGACGCGACAGGCUUUCUACCUGCAGACCACCGCCCUGACGCGGAUGGCACGUCGCAUCUGCCAGGACAUCAUCAGGCCGCGAUACCUGGCCAGGCACCCCUACCUCCCUGUGAACACAGCAGCCAUAAAGGCAGAAUGUGCCCUCCGGUUGCCAGAUGGGCCAAAAAAACCUGUGCCACUGAAACCUGUGGAACGCAAACCUCUGGAGUCCGUGGUUCGGUAUUUAGAAGCACAUCCCCGUCCAGCCAAACCCGACCCUCCUCCCCGUGGAGCGUCCAUCUCUACAGGCAGCCUGACGCCCAUAAAGUCCACCCCCAUCCUAAACAACGGCUCCCCCACCAUCCUGGGCAAACGAUCCUAUGAGCAGCACAAUGGACUGGAUGGCUCUAAAUCCAAAGGCCUGACUCCACAGUGGGACAUCAUGGCCAAACGGAUGAGCGAUUCCGCGCGGCCCUCAGUCUCUCUGCAGGACGAGGUUCAUGAACUGGACUGAUCGCUCCGUGGGAACGACCUUUACUUCACACCCAAGUGAGCAGAUGGGAACAUGAAAUGGAAGGGCGUUUUUCCAGUGAACUAUAGCCGAGUGCAGCUGAGGGAAGUUGAAUCUAAAAGGAGACGACGGCGUGGCCACCUUUCUUCAGUCAGUACGGGUCUGUCACACUGCUGAAGACCAAUCGAUAAUCGAUCAGUUUGGCUGCGGUCAAUCAGAAGAGGAGCCUGACUGUACAGGACUGUGUUUAUUACUUACAUUUUCUCGUUAUAACUGUCAUUGUAAUUAUUGUUAUUGUUAUUCUGAUUUUUUUUUUUUUUUUUUUUUUUUUUUUUUUUUUUUUUACCAACUAUAACUCAGCUUAUUGUUUGUCAAUCAAACGAUGGAACUUGUGAAGUUUCAUGAAUAAUGCUUGCAGAGCCCUGUGGAAAAGGGUAAGAAGGACUGUAACAUAAGCCACUCGCAUCUUAUAUGUUUGUUUAAUGUUUGUUAAAAAAAAAAAGUUAAAUUCAACGAGGAGACGCACUUUGAUUUCAGCGACCUGAGUUCACUCCUUGUCUUUUGUUUCAAUGAAUUUGAAUGCUUUACGGGAAAUCUUCUGUUUUGUGAGCCGGCCUUCUCUUGGGCCAGAGAGGUUUAACUUAUUGAGAAAGACUUGCUGUUUUUUCUACCUUUUUCACAAGUAAUGCAUCUAUGCUUAGAUAAUGUAAUUAAAAAAGAUAAUUGAUUUUC